AGAUCCAGAUAGAAUAGCAAACCUCUGCUUCUUCUCAUCCCAGCCUCAAAAGAGGAUAAUGUGUUGGCUUUGUGUGCUGUUGAAUUCCUCCUCUAACAACUUGGCAAUCAAAGAAGAACCAGGAGAAGACCUUGACGUCGCUCUGGAUGGAAGUAGCAAUGCUGGACCCUGGGGAAUUGCUGGGGAGAAGACCCCCGAGGAGGACACUCUUGGCCCCAAUGUAAAGCCAGAGCAAUGCAAAAAGGAGCCAGGAGAAGACCGUGAUGUUUCCCUGGAUGGAAGUAGCAAUGGCAGACCCUGGGUCAUUGCUGGGGAGAAGACCCCUGAGGAGGAUGCUCUUGGCCCCAAUGUAAAGCCAGAGCAAUGCAAAAUACCCCCGGCAGGAGAGGCCAAUGAAGUUGAGCCAGACACCAAGCAGGGAGCACCCCUCCGGUGGGUGGUGAAGGAGGAGGGCAACGGGAGCGCAACGGUGCUGAGCGAAAACGAGUGGAGUCUUCUUCCUCUUCAUCCAUCUUUCUCAGGCAAAGAUGGGAGAGAGAGUGAGAACAAGGAGACAAUGCCUGAUUCACAGGUUAACGUUCAGCAUCGAAAUGAUGAGGAGAACACAGAGGGGAGGAAAGGAGCAGCGAUGAGAGAACAAACAGAGAAAAACAUGCUUUGUCCAUCAAUCCUUUCCCAGUUACAUGAAGAGAAAGCGCAGGGAUGUGCCGAGUGUGAAAAGACCUACUGCAUGAAUGCGCAUGAAUCUCGAAUAAUGUUCACACUAGAGAAGCUAUAUCAGUGUUUAGGGUGUGGAAAGCAGUUCAGUUCCUACGGUUGUGUGGUUUCACACAAAAAUAACCACAAAGAGCAGAAACCGUAUCAAUGCCGGGAGUGUGACCAGAGUUUCCGGCUGAAAAAUGAACUCUUAUCACAUCAAGGAACGCACCCAGGGGACAAACCGUACAAAUGUUUUGAGUGUGGAAAGAGUUUUCAUGAGAGUACAGAGCUUCUUCAACAUGAAGUGUAUCACAGAGGGGAGAAAUUUUACAAAUGUUUGGAAUGCGGACAGCACUUCCAUUCUGCCGGUCUCCUUGACGCACAUGGAAAAACCCACGCGGAGAAGCAAUCAGGUUUGGACUGUGGUAAGAGCUUCCAUACAAGCGCACCUCUUAUCAGCCUCAAAUUCAUCCACGUGGAGGAUAAGCCAUAUAAAUGCAUGCAGUGUGGGGAAAGCUUCAGUGUGAGAGAUUGCCUGGAGAUACAUAACAGAACCCAUACAGUAGAGAAACCGUUUAAAUGUAUGGAUUGCGGAAAGACCUUCACGGUACGUUCACACCUUAAAGUGCACAAAAGACUCCACACAGGAGAGAAGCCGUAUCAAUGCCUGGAGUGUGGGAAGAGCUUCCAUGUGAAAGAGCACCUCACUGUGCAUAAUAGGACCCACACAGGAGAGAAGCCGUACAAAUGUGUGGAGUGUGGGAGGUGCUUCAGCGUGAGAGGAAACCUUAAUGAGCAUCGAAGAAUCCACACGGGAGAGAAACCAUAUCAAUGCGUGGAAUGUGGGAAGAGCUUCCGCGUGAGAAGAAGCCUCACUGAGCAUGGAAGGACCCACGUGAAAGACAAAACGUACGCAUGCCUCGAGUGCGGAAAGAGCUUUGGCAAUAAAUCAGGGCUUUGCUCCCACCAACGAAUCCACACGAGGAAACCAAACAAAAUGCUUGGAGUGUUGAAGGAACUUCGCCCGAAGGCUUCCUGACACCAUAUGCAGUUUUGGAAUAAAGAAAGACACUCUGUUUACAUAGAAAUAUUUGUUAAAACCCAACCCCGAAACCCUGAGUAGACUUAUUCAUUGAGCAAUGUGAGUCCUUAACUCUUCUAAACAUAGAAAUAUUCAUCUUCUUUGAAUAGAUGGAUGAACGGCAUGAGACUUGGCCAUCUCGGAAUAUCUUAGCCCAGUGACUUUAGUUGAAUUUUAAAGCGUUUUUAAGGAUCUAAUAUGUUAAAAGUGUGAAUAUAUUAUGUCUUGUUUAUUUAAGCUGUUUAUUUACUUGUUAUUUGUACCUUCGGCAUUGAAUGCUUGCCAAUGUGUUUUAUUUUGCUGUAAGCUUUCCUCCGAGGAGAUAGGGUGGGCUAUAAAUAAAGCAUUAUUAUUAUUA